AUGGUUGAUCGAUCUGCCAUUGGGCGCAAACUAGCCAGAGAUCAGACAAUUGGCAAAGAUGAUCGGAGCCAGUGGAGCUUGAAUACAUGGGGCUUUCUGCUUACGUCGUCUUUCACUUCUCGUCCGAACAUGUUCGUUGUACCGGUACCGGCUGCAGAUCGGAAGUCGCGCUACGUGAAGAUCGGUGCGAGCAAAGGUGCGUUCUGCAAGGAGGUCGCGCAUCUCCAGUGGACGUUUGGGAGCAUCUCAAGAUAG